AUGCCGGGUGGUGAUUUUCUCGGACUUUUGAUUCGGGAGAACAUCCUACACGAGUCUGUAGCACGAUUCUACGUUGCCGAAAUGAUACUAUGUGUCGAGGCGGCACAUGCGCUCAAGAUCAUUCAUCGAGAUAUCAAGCCGGACAAUUUUCUCAUCUCUGCCUCAGGUCAUCUGAAGAUCAGUGACUUCGGGCUGGCAUUCGACGGUCACUGGUCGCAUGACGCCUCAUACUUCAACUGUCACCGAUAUAGCUUGCUCAACAAGUUGGGCAUCCACAUCGAGGGUGAUGACCAAGACAAGGCCGAAGGUCGCAGUCUGCAGGCCACAAUGAAAUGGGCAAGCGGUAUUAUGACGGGGAUCGACAAGCACGAGAAAAAAAUUACAGAUGAUGGAGAGCCCCUUCUAAGCUGGCGUAAUCGAUGCGGCAACCGCACUUCUGCUAUGAGUGUUGUCGGCACUAGCCAGUAUAUGGCGCCAGAAGUCAUUGAAGGGAAGAAGUACGAUGCUCGAGAGAACAGGCUCUGCUCUAAACGCUAUCGCUUCAAAGAUCUCAUCAACAUGUCUAUGACCGCCCAAUCAGCCAAUCUAGGAACCACAGGAGGACCCAGUAUAGGGACGAGUUCUUAUGGCCAUCACCGGAAGCAGCAGCCCGAGUCGGCAGCUCCACGAGACUUCGCCGGCCGUUAUGUAUUUCCUUACGAUGCUGAAGACAUCAAGGCGCACAGGUGGUUCAGGGGAGUUCCUUGGGAAAGGCUGCAUGAGAUUGAUCCCCCAUACAUACCGCAUCUACGAGGCCCUGAUGAUACUCAUUAUUUCGACGACGAGGAUCCUAUCAGCGAUUGGAGCAACAGCAGCGAGGAAUCAGAGCCUGAGGAUCCCUCACCGACAAAUCUUAGCUCUCCGGUCAUUUCAGACCCAUACGGAAGCUCAAGUCCCAUCAGUCCAACAACACCCUCUAUGCUUGGAUCUCUCAAGGACCUUAGUAUAGGCAGCCGUCCCCCCAACCCCAAACAUAAAACGACUUCUGUGGCUAAGCAAGCUCUUCAAGGCUUCAGACGUGAUGUUGAGAAGUGGGCUCUCACGGCCAUUGCAACCCCGUAUGACAGAAAUCGCCUACACAAUCUUGACUCGCAAAUUGAUGAAAGGUUUGCCGAUCUGGCUUCGGAAGAUCGGGAGAUGUUGAAACAGUAUGUGCGGGUCUAUGGAAAGAAAGAUCGAAAGAGGCCCAGGGACAAGCUGUUGAGGGACAAGAACACCAAGGCAGUGGUCAUGGAUGUGAGGAAGAGGACCGCCUUUAUGGGCUACACUUGGCGACGGAUGAACCACGACGGUAACGGGGCCGUGAGAAAGGGCUUGGAACGGAUUUGGCCCAACGUUGGUUCCUUUGCGAGCGAUGGGAAUCCCAGGGGCGAAGAUGGCACAUUCGAUGCUGACGGUGUUGCAUUUGGCGGUAGCGGUGGUUAUACCGAAAGUGUCCAUGUGAAUCAUGUUGGCUAUGAGUGGGAAGAGGAUCGCGCCGCUGCUGUGAAAGCUUUGCGCAAAGGAAGACUGAGCUGGCUCUAGCUUGGAUGACGAUUUGUUCAGAAGACUGAGUGAUCAGCCG